AUGACGUCACGACAUCAUUCUUCUCGUUCCUGCACUCGCUCGCCUGACUUUGAGGCAGGCAUAAGUAUCAAAGUUAUGUCUCGACCACCGCAUCAUGCAAAUGCGACCAGGACGCUUUUUCAGAAUCCAUGGAAGACGCCUGAAGAGCCAGAUGAUAACGCCAUUGAACCGGUAGAAAUCGACUCUCAUCCUCAGUCUUUGACGCAAGAGCCCAGCUGGUUUGGUAGCCUUACGAGUGGCCUACCGUCUGUAUCGUCAUUGCUAUCAAACAUACCUCUCGAGCGGGCAAGAGAUUUAUCAAGUCAUGGGAUUUCACUCACGAAAGUUGUUAAGCCCGACUUUGACAAGUUUUCGAACAGUCGCAAGUCUGUGAAGGCAACUUGGUUGGGUCACGCGAGCUUUCUUGUAGAGCUUCCACCCCAGGAUGACUCAACAAAACCGAUCCGUGUUCUCUUUGAUCCGAUGUUCUCAGAUCGCGCAGGCCCAUCUCAAUGGACAGGUAUUCAAAGGCGUUUGCCUCCUCCUUGUACCAUUGCAGAACUUCCAGAGUUCCAAUUCGUUCUUAUAAGCCACAAUCACUAUGAUCACCUUGACUUACCGAGCAUUCAUGAAAUCGUGCGUACGCGCGGUGACAGCGUCACUUUUCUUGUUCCAUUAGGCAACAAGCAGUGGCUCGUAUCCACAGGGAUUGUGAGCAGCAGAAUAUUCGAAUUGGACUGGUGGGAUGAUAUUACCCUGCCACGGCCUCACUCAACUCUGAAUUCUGACCGAGCGUCUGAACCUGUGGUAUCAGCGUCUAACUUAACAUUCGUUUGCGUCCCUGCUCAGCAUACCAGUGAGAUCGGCCAACGAUAUGGUCCCUUUGAUCUAUCACUUCUUCCAAUUUGGAGAGGUGGCACACUGUCUUUCAUAUCUCAGCUAGGACUACGUCUAACUCACCACCCACUACUCUCGGCAAUGCAUACUUCUCCUUCUGAUGCUAUCUCAAUACAUCGCGAUGUGAGGUCUCGUCAUUCACUAGCUAUGCAUUUCGGGACAUUCGCGGGUAGUGAGACAGAAGCUCUUGAGCCACUCGUCGAACUUGCGCUCGCGCUUCAGAAGGCGGAACUAGGCGAUUGGUGGCAAGAAGGAGGCAUAGGUGCAAUUGACGUUGGUGAGACUGUUGAAGUUCGAUGCGGAAGUGAGAACGAAGAGUCGCGAAGCGGACAGGAUGACGACGGAGCGCCCAUAACACGAUAA